GUUUUGGUGUGGGGGGCCAGAGGCGCGGAGGGGGAUUACGAUCGGUGCCGGCGAGGGAUUCCCAGACACCGCCAGGCAGGCCAGAUCUGGCAGAUAGCGGAUAUGAGGACUUCGCUGACUUCAGAAAGCUGACAGAAACCAACAGACUUCAGUGAAAUACCCCUCCAAGCACAGAGACUUACGGUAGCUUUAAAGUAACCUGUUGUUCAUCUGCAAAGACAUGGCUACUGGUACCUUCAGCACACAUGGAGGAAGGCAACAAACAUUGUAACCUGGCUAAUAAGACUCUGUUUUCCUUAUCAAAAGUAGGAGGUAGACCAAUUAUAAAAGGAUUAUUUCAUGCUUAGCCUCCAGGACUUUAACUCUGGCCUGAACACUGGACAUAAAUAGAAGCCAACUUUAAUGACCUGAGAUUUUGUUACCUGUCCGUUAGUAUCGUUAUCAGUUCUUAAACACUUUGGUACUUUAUUUCUUUAAAGUAGAAAUGGGUUCGUGGACUAAAAUGUUGCCCACAGAUUGGGUUCUUCUCAUGAAAUCAUGGCUUAUCUUUUCCCUGGGGCUCUACAUACAGGUCUCCAAAACUUUGGCCUGCCCAAAAGUUUGCCGCUGUGACCGAAACUUUGUCUACUGUAAUGAACGAAGCUUGACCUCAGUGCCUCUUGGGAUACCGGAGGGUGUAACCGUCCUCUACCUCCAUAAUAACCAAAUUAAUAAUGCUGGAUUUCCUGCAGAGUUGCACAAUGUCCAGUCUGUGCACACAGUCUACCUGUAUGGCAAUCAAUUGGAUGAAUUCCCCAUGAACCUGCCCAAAAAUGUCAGGGUUCUCCACCUGCAGGAAAACAACAUUCAGACCAUUUCACGUGCUGCUCUUGCUCAGCUUUUGAAGCUGGAAGAACUGCACCUGGAUGACAACUCCAUCUCCACUGUUGGCGUUGAGGAUGGGGCGUUCCAGGAAGCCAUCAGCCUCAAGCUUCUGUUCUUGUCCAAGAAUCACUUAAGCAGUGUGCCAGUGGGCCUUCCGCUGGACUUACAAGAGCUUCGUGUAGACGAAAACCGAAUUGCUGUCAUUUCAGACCUGGCCUUCCAGAAUCUUACAAGUCUGGAGCGUCUGAUUGUGGAUGGCAAUCUCCUUACUAAUAAAGGCAUAGCUGAAGGCACCUUUAGCCACCUCUCCAAGCUCAAGGAGUUCUCAAUAGUUCGGAAUUCACUGACUUACCCUCCUCCCGAUCUUCCAGGUACACAUCUGCUAAGACUCUACUUGCAGGACAACCAGAUAACCCAUAUACCACUUACAGCCUUUUCAAACCUCCACAAACUGGAACGUCUUGAUAUUUCCAACAAUCAGCUUCGGAUGUUGGCAAAGGGAGUAUUUGAUAAUCUCCAUAACCUGAGACAGCUCACUGUAAGGAAUAAUCCCUGGUUAUGUGACUGCAGUAUUAAGUGGGUCACCGAAUGGCUCAAAUUUAUCCCUGCUUCCAUCAAUGUACGGGGUUUUAUGUGCCAGGGACCAGAGCAGGUCCGAGGUAUGGCAGUCAGGGAGCUCAAUAUGAAUAUGUUGUCAUGCCCCACCACCACCCCUGGUCUGCCACUCAUCAUCACCCCAGUCCCAGCUACAACCCUGCCAACUACAUUAGUUCCCAGCUCAUCAUUUCCUUCCUCAAGUGGUAAAUAUAACCCUCUCACUCCCAUCAUAGCCACACUCCCCACUGUGCCUGACAGGGAGGACAGAGAAAGGGUGACGCCUCCUUUGUCUGAAUGGAUUCAGCUCUCCAUCCAUUUUGUGAAUGACACUUGCAUCCAAGUCAACUGGAUGUCCCUUUUUACUGUGAUGGCAUAUAAACUCACGUGGGUUAAAAUGGGCCAUAGUCUGGUAGGAGGAAUUGUUCAUGAACGAAUAAUCAGCGGUGAGAAGCAGCAAUCAAGCUUGGUAAAUCUGGAGCCCAAAUCCACUUACCGGAUUUGUUUGGUUCCACUGGAUACUUACAACAGCUACCGAACUGGAGAAGACACUGUCUGUUCAGAAGCCACAACCAAGGCUUCCUUUUUGAAUGGCAGCAACAUCCCUUCCAGCCAUGAGCAGACGACUUCUCAGAACCUAGGCUCCCCAUUUCUGCUGGCAGGGUUGAUUGGGGGUGCAGUGAUAUUUGUCCUCGUGGUCUUGCUCAGCAUUUUUUGCUGGCACAUGCACAAAAAAGGUCGUUACACCUCCCAGAAGUGGAAAUAUAACCGGGGCCGUCGGAAAGAUGACUACUGUGAGGCAGGGACCAAGAAGGACAACUCCAUCCUGGAGAUGACGGAAACCAGCUUCCAGAUUGUCUCCUUAAAUAACGAUCAGCUCCUUAAAGGAGAUUUCAGACUGCAGCCCAUUUAUACCCCAAACGGGGGCAUUAACUACACAGACUGCCACAUCCCCAACAACAUGCGAUACUGCAACAGCAACGUCUCAGACCUGGAGCACUGUCAUACGUGAUAGUGAGGGAGCAUGGGGGUCUCUAGGACAAGGAGAAAAAACUCUAGAAAAAAUAAGCCCCCCAAGGAUAAUGAAAAAAAAAUUACAUUUGAUAAAUGUUACACAGAUGCAUUUAUGCAUUUGAAUACUCUGUAAUUUAUACGGUGUACUAUAUAAUGGGAUUUAAAAAAAAAGUGCUAUCUUUUCUAUUUCAAGUUAAUUGCAAAUGGUUUUGUAACUCUUUGCUUUUUAAAUCUUUAAAAAAAUAUUGCUGAGUACUGUACAGGGUUGUACAAUAAGAACCCAAUGUCAUGGCAAAGGAAAGAAUGACUCAUUCUUCAAACAUUAACCACUUUGCUGUCGAAGCAGUCUGAGGGAUGUUAAGUUUCUAGGUGUCCUGGAAUACAGGCAAAUAAGUGCAUAUUAAAACAGGGUCACUAGGAAGAGACAAAAGUAAUUCAGAUAAAAUGGGCACAAAUCUUCUGACUUGAGCCCAGCAGUUGCUGUUGAGAUUCAAACAAUUGGAAACACAUCCGUUCCUCUUUGUCAGUUCUGCACCUCUCACCUCCAACUGAACGCUGGAGUUCGGAGCGCUGCCAAAAAAGCUACUUUCUUGUUUGAUUAGUUUCCUUUCAAUCUACUUGGAAUAGGAAACGUGGAAAGAGCUCAGUGUCAAACUCAAAGUGACCUUGGUUCCUAUUUGCAGAAGUUGCUCCGAAAAUUUCCCCAGUGCUAGAUACUUUAUCUUAGAAACUGUUCGUGCUUUUUAUUAGGAUUUCGAAGCUUUAGGCAUUCUCUGACCCGUUUCAGUGGGAGGUGAAGGCAUGUAAUAGUGUGUAACGGAGGGCUGUCAUUAAGUUGCACCUCUUAAUGGAUCAGCAUUUGUUGACAUAGCAUGUUCAGGUAAAGCCAGAGCAGGGAAAUUCUGAGUGCUCCAAGCUCUGCAGUAUUCAUGUACACUUUCAUGUAAUUUGAAAUCUAAAAGUGCGUAUUGCUGAAAACAUGCUGCAAAAUAUAAUGGCAAUGGAAAGGUUUUGCUAAUAAUUUGUAUAGUUCAAGCUUCGUUUCACUUAACGGUCUGAGUUAUCUUCAUUACGGAGAAAUAGGUGGGAAAAAAAAAUAACAAAAAGAGAAAGCAAACAAGAAAUAUAUUGUUAAAAAAUUAUUUAGUACUGGAAAGACCCCCAGGGCUAUAAUGAACUGAAAUAUGUUCAGUGGGGAAAAUCAUGUACAAAUCUUGGUGAGUUUUGUUUGUUUGUUUGUUUUGCUUUUUUUCCUUCCCAAUUAAAGUAUACAGAGACUGACAUUAGCUAAGCAUUUGAUUGACUGGGGAAUUUUGAGAACACAGGUACACAGUGUCCCUCUGAAUUACCCUUCUUUUACCUUAAGCAUUUUCGAGUUUCCCAUAAUGAUUCUGCUUCACAAGCAGUAGGUGGGUUUAGAAUUUGCUUUUUUAUACCCUCAGAUUCUUUAGCUGCAAUACCUUCUCAGUCCUUGAGCUUUACAUGCACUAUUGCAAAACACAAUGUUUGUAUUAAAACCAUAAUGCAGCUCUCAAAAUUAUGUAAUGUUUCAGCCCCUCUGCUAAGUCAUUGACUGCCAAGAACUGUCGUGGAAUCUAGUUUUUUGGGGGGGUUCAGCUUGCUUUUUUAAUGUAGCUAAUUUUCUCCUGAGUUUGGGGACAAGCUAAAGCUACAUCACAUUGGAAAAAGAAAAAGAAAAAAAGAUAGAUACAAAACUUCCUGAGGUAGUAGUGAACCAAAGAGAAAGUUUUACAGUGAUCACUUAGGGAUAGACAGAAAGUUGCUGCAUGUGGAUUGGAAAUAAAGGCUGAAGCACUUUCACAGUUGAAUGCUUAGAUUUUUUCACUUUAUGAAGCUCCUUAUGAUGGAAGAGAUGGUUUUAAUCCUUUCCGUCUCUCAUUUCACUCAACCCAUUCUUGAAACUCAGCAGUAUAUAAGCAUGUAUUUUUUGCAAUUCAGAUCACAUGAUAACACUAAUUUUCUGCAAUGACAAAAUGAACCCAAUUACGAUGGCAAAGUACGACCAUUUUUGUAAGGAAUCACAUCCUCCCACCAAUAACUUUAAAAAUCACAUUUUGAAAUUCCACUCUAUAUUCUAUAUAUUUGCAAUUUUUACCAGCUAUAGCAGGUAUUCUAAGCAACCUGUGUGGCUACUGUAAUAUUUAAGUCACUAAAAUUUUGCUGAUUAAAAGUUUACCAUAUGUUUUCAAAUGACAUAAUUCUAGGUAGGAAUGUCUGUGCAAAGUGGAGGGUUUUUUUCUGUGAUCUGUUUACUGAAGAUGAUAGUAAGGCUGAUACUUUAGAGCUUUGGUUCUUGGUUUUGGUGGUUUUUGUUUGUCUUUUUUUUUUUUGUUUUGUUUUGUUUAACAUAUUUUAGGUGCCACAGCUCAAAAGACAAGCAGCAAAUAGUUGUGCUCCUGAUGCUUCUGUUGCAUGCUGGAGUUUGCCUGACAUUAAGCAGAGCCAGUGAUUCCCAUUGGGUGUGGACAUAGUGUUUAAUUUCAAUGAAAUAACUGGUUGUACAUUUGGUUCCAAAAGGCCUCCUUGGAAAGUACAUGCUUCUAGUGUUUUGUACUUCAGUGACUGAUGCAGGAGGAAUCUUCAGUUCUGGACAUCAGUGUACCAUAGGCACCUUAUUUGUAGCAAUUGACUUAAUUCAGGGAGUUUGGCCUGUACUGCAAGUGAAUGAUCCACAAGCCCAACCUGAUGACAACAAAUCUGGUUACUUAUCAAAGAGGGUGAAAGCAGAAGGCAUUUACAAACUGUUCAUUUUGAUCUUGAACGAUGAAACACAUAUAUGUAUCCUUAUAUAUGUAGACUAUGACUUACCUUGAUCAAAAAUUGCAAUGAUAUUUAAGACAACAUACUUUAUGCUUCCUUUCAGUAUGAAGAAAAAUAUAUCAAUUUGUAUGGGAUAAAAGAUUCUUUACUAUAAAGACUCUUCUGAAAAAGCAUAGCAAGCGCCUUAUACUGAAAAUUGUGGAUAGAGCAGGGAAUAUUACCUAAAAAAAUCUGGAGUUGUAGGCAACUGAAGUGUUAUAUGUGUCAUUUGAAGAAUGUUUCUCCCAAAUUAAUUGCUCCUUAGCUCCAAAAUGUAUUUGGCAAUGUAUUUCAGCCUACCAUAGAAUUAGGGAUUUCUGAAAGUGCCAGUCACACAAACACCUGAGAUUUCAUUUCAGUUCCCACCUAGAUAAGCAUUUAGUGAGCUAAUUUCACUAGGUAAAGUAUGUGGGAAAAGUCAGAGUUAAAAAUGGACAAUGAUAUUUUUGAAAUUUAAAGUUUAAGAUUAGUAUCUUUUUCCUUGGGCUUUGUAAAAAUUGGGUGAUCUUCACUUAGGACAAAUAUCUGACCAUAUAUAAUAACUAAAGGCUAUAGAGCAGAAGUGCCAAAUAUAUGCAUGUACAACUCACUCAAAAUGUUCACUUUUAAGUCCAGAUUUGAUCAAGUUCAUUGGAUCUGGGGGCAAGUUAUUUUUUUCAGACAAAAUCUCACCCGUCUUCCAUUGUGUAGUGCUAAUAGUUGACACAGAUGUGCAGAAAGACUGGUGAGUAGAAUAAAAUAAACACUGAAAUUGUGUUAAAGAAGUAUCAUGACACUGCUGUUACCAGUGCUUGGGUUCCUUCUAAAGACAUAUUUAUUUACAAAGAGGUCCUUAUUUUCAUGGAUUCUGACAUUUUAGCAAGUGUUCCUUGCAUGUGGCUUGCUGGCAGAAACAAACACCUGAUUAAUGCAUGGACUUCAUGUUAACAGGUUCUUAUUGGAAUAUUAUUACUGAAUUUCUUUAUAAGAAUAUUUAGGGAAUAAGCUACUUUGGACUGAAAAUAUAUUAGCAGUUUUCCCUGUAAGCCAAUAAAGGACUACAGUGAAUAUCAUGUAAAACAGAAAAAAUGAAAUAGCAUAUGAAAAUUGCUACUAGAGUAGUUCAGCUAUAUUUGUCUCUGAAUCAUUUUCCUUUUUUCAUGAGAGCAAGUUUCUCCCUCUGAAAAAUUCAUUCAUUUCAAUUUUGCAAACAAAAGAACUUCAUGCAUAUUGAUAUUAUUGUUUUAAGGGUUUACAUAAGGCACUUUAUUAAUGGCAUUGAAGUGAAAGUUCAGUCUCAGCUUUUGACAGUAAAGUGGUUAAUUCCCAUUGAAUUCUACAUUUAUAGUAUUUCUUCACCUCAAAUUUAACAUGGAGAUAUUAAAGUUUUUUUUUUCUUUAGACCAUGAGAAUAAUGGUUUUACACAUGACUUGUCUUUACAGCUCAGUGGAAAAA